GAAAUAGAGCGAGCAGAGGGAGGUUUAUUGAAGAGCCGUCUGUUUCCUGAGAAGCACUGGAAGUGUGUUUAUUUACUCGCCAGCUGAUGUUCAGUUUAGUGCGGUGUUCUUGUCUUUACUGUAUGCCUGCAAAAGGCGCUAAUAUUCCUAAUAUUUGAGGAUAAUUUCUUCAGAAGUGUAGACGAUUGGUUCAGAAUGACCCAGUGGGAGCGAUUGCAGCAGUUGGAUACUGUGUAUUCACAGAGGGCUUCUGAUCUGUACAAUGGAGAUGAAUUCCCAAUGGAAGUCAGACAUUACUUGGCACACUGGAUUGAGGGCCAGGACUGGGAGCGUGCUUCUCGGGACUCUUCCCAAGCUGCGUUCCUGUUUCAGGUUCUUUUGGAGAAUCUGGACAACCAGUUCAGUCGUUUUGCACAAGAGAAAGAUAGUUUCCUACUGCAGCGAAAUUUCAGACGCUACAAACAAAACUUUCAGAAGUACCAGGAGGAACCCUUUACUCUUGCUGCUAUUAUCAACUGGUUCCUGGUGAAGGAGAAAGAGAUCUUGAAUGAUGCAGAACUUGCACAGCAAGUGCAGACGUUGCAGGUUCAGUCGGCUGCAGUGGAGUUGGAGAGCCAGAGACAAAUGGAAAAGAGAUUAAAAGAUCUCAAGAUAAAAGUAGAGGUGAUGGAGCACAAAAUAAGAUGUUUGGAGGAGCAGCAGGAUGAGUUUGAUUUUAAAUUUCAGACACACAAAAUGGACUCUUGCACAGAAGAAGAGAAGAACAAGCAAAGACAAGGGCUUCAGAAAAUGCUCAAUGCACUCGAUAAGUGCAGAAAGGACUUCCUGUCCGAUAUCUCGGCUAUGUUGGAUGCUACUGAAUGUCUGAGCUCAGUGCUCAUAGAUGAGGAACUGGUGGACUGGAAGCGGAGACAACAGAAGUCCUGCAUUGGUGCUCCUGAUGAUACAAGUCUGGAACAAUUAGAGAAAUGGUUCACUCAGAUUAUAGAGUGCAUGUUCCAGCUGCAGAAGUUCUUACAGAAGCUUGAUGAGCUGGUAGGGAAGAUGUCCUACGAAAAUGACCCCAUCCCAGAACGAAAACCCCAUUUAAAUAAAAGAGUGGACACUCUGCUGACCAACCUGAUAAAGAGCUCAUUUGUUGUAGAGACUCAGCCAUCCAUGCCCCAAGGACGAGGUCCCCUGGUGCUGCGCACAAAUGUCCAGUUCUCAGUCAAAGUCAGGUUCCUGUAUAAAGUUCCUGAACUCAACCAUGUUCUGAAGGUGUCUGUUUCUGUUGACAACGCUGCUUCACAAGUGAAAGGGUUUCGGAAGUUUAAUGUGCUAGGUACUUCGAGUAAAGCCCUUAACAUGGCUGAGAGUACGAACGGGGGCAUGGUCGCUGAUUUCAGACAUUUGACGUUGAAGGACCAAAAAGUUUGUAGUGGAGGAAAAGGAAUCAAUGAUCUCUCGCUGAGUGUGACUGAAGAACUACACAAAAUAAACUUUCAGACGCAGUUUGAAUAUCAAGGCCUGUCUGUCUGUUUAGAGACCUCUUCUCUUCCUGUUGUGGUGAUUUCGAACUCCAGUCAGCAGCAGAGUGCCUGGGCGUCUGUUCUAUGGUUCAACAUGCUCUCUUCAGAUCCCAAGAAUGUGAAGUUUUUUGAAAGCCCUCUUCCGGCCUCCUGGGCACAGUUUGGGGAAAUGCUAAGUUGGCAGUUUCUCUCCUCUGGGAAACGUGGUCUAGACAGUGACCAGUUGGAAACUCUCGCCAUCAAGCUCUUUGGUAAACAACAGAGCUAUGACCAGUGUAAGAUACCCUGGGCCAAGUUCAGUAAGGAGAACCUCCCUGAUACAAACUUCACCCUGUGGGUGUGGCUGGAUGGAAUUCUAACCCUGGUUAAAAGCUACCUGUCAGACCUGUGGAGUGAUGGCUCUAUAAUGGGUUUUGUCAGCAAGGGGAAGGAGAGAUUUUUAUUGAAGAAGAAGCAGAACGGCACUUUCCUGCUGCGUUUUAGCGAAAGUAUUAAGGAUGGUGGAAUCACAUUCAGCUGGGUGCAGUACUCUAACAAUGGCAAUCCAAGUGUGCAAACAGUGAAGCCAUUUACCAGUACUGACCUGAAGCAGAUUGCUUUACCUGAGAUCAUCUGCAACUUUCGGAUCAUGGUAGCAGAAAACGUUCCAGUUAACCCACUGUGUUUUCUUUACCCAAACAUUCCUAAAGACCAGGCCUUUGGCAAAUACUACAGUGAAAAGACUGGAGAGGAGAAUCCUUACCUGAAGUACAUCAAAACCAAACUGGUGUUUGUCUCUAAAGAGGAGAACGGAUGUACAAGUGUCGAAGAGGGGCCAUUGUCUGACCUGUGCACACAGGACAGAGAUCCUCCUUCUUUUUCUGAGGCGGGUGAUGAUGAUGACGAUGAUGACGUCUUGCUUCAAAGGUCUGAGGCGUCUCCAAUGCUCAGCUGCCCUACCAUUGAUCCAUUUUGGCUUAACGGCAUUUUGGAAAAUGAUGGCGAGAACACUGGUCCAGAUUCAUUUCCUCAACCUGAUCCCCACAUUUCUCCAUUAUGCCUAGAGAAUGAUGUGGAUAUCUUUAAAGAACAAAUCUCUGUAGACACUGAUGUUCAUCUCACAUUGCAAGAGUUUCUAAACUCUCAAAACCUCCUAAAUAGCUUAGACUCUUCUACACCAGAGGACAUCUUCAAUAGUUGUAGUUUGGGCUAUCCUAACAUGCCGCUGACCCCCUGAAUUUGAUCCAUGACCCCUGCGGUUAGCUGUCAAGCCGUAUAAUGUUUUCUGUAGUUCUGAUUUAUGUUGUAAGUAUUAAGUAGAGAUGCCAAAUGCAUAUUACAGCUCAUUACUUCAUUUUCUUUACUGAUUUCAUCAUUACUUCACCCAUUUAGUGUGUAAAUCUGUAGUAAAGCUUUUAGGCUUAGAUGCCCAUCCAACUCCCAAAAAUUUUGGAAUGAGGUCAUGUGAUCUGACCCUACCAUUCGUAAGCUGCUACUAAAUAUUUGCCCUUAUAAAAAAUUGUUUAUUGAUAAUAAUUCAGAUAGAUCAGAUCGGAUAGUUGAAAAAAAAAAAUUGUAUAUACGUAUUUCUACUAUACGAGUAUUGAUCAUGCUUUUAUGAUCCAAGUAAAUGGAUUUAUGAUCCAAGUAAACUUUUAUGCAGGUUGAAAGGACAGUUUGUAUUCUUUUAAUUAACUGGGACUUACUGGAGAGAAGUAACUUGAUAGUGAAAGUGAUCAACUUUAUUAAUGUGUCAAAUGACUUUAGUAAUGUGAAACAGGCAGUAGCUUUGAGCGAAUGUUUUGAAAAGCAUCUCGUGAACAGAAAAGCCAUAUCUGUGGUCUGAUUUCUCUGUGCGUGUAUUUAUGACUAGAAUAAACUCUCCAAGUAAACAGUGAAAGUUUUAAAAAGUGCAAAACACAUGAAAAAUGUCUUUGCAUUUUAAAAGAGCACCUUAAAAAGAGAUGGAGUGCUUGGAUUAAAUGUUAUCAAUUGCAUUUAAAGGCAUCAACGACAAUACUAUGAUUGUAGUCUUUUAAUAGUAAAACGAGGUUAUUCUUGUUGGAUCUAUAGGGAAUAUUUGCCAACGAAUAGCUGGCAUUGCACUAAAUUCCACCUUAAAAUUGAUCAUUUCAUGUAAAAUAAUGAAUGUCUAAUCAUUGUUUUGAUGAACAGGAUUGCUCUAUGAUUUGAGACACUUUUUUUGUCUUUUAUGGUAAUUUUCCAUUUUGUAUAACCACUAUUGAGACUAGAAAAGUACCUUAAUUCUUUGCUUUUGAGUCAAGUGAAUUUUUUUUUUGUAUAGCUCUAAUCACUUAAAAAGAGAUUUGAUAGCUUUUAUUAAAUUACCAAACUUCAAGACAAUUGAAAUACUUAAUUUUCUUGUUUCCAGUACUGGAUAGAGUCCUCAAUUACAAAGUUUUGAUUAGUCAGAUACUGCCAUUAACUUCUGUAAAAAUGGAAACAGUAAUAUAGACACUUACAUUUUCUAUUACUUUGAAAGCUGAAUUAAGUUAAAAUGUUCUGUUUGCCCAGUUGAAUGCAGAUGCCUUUAUCUUGCUGAGAAAAAAAAAAACAACUUUAUAUUUGUUUUAAUUUCUUUGUAAUUUAUUUGAACAAAAUUCAUCAGAAAGAUUGUAUGAUUACACGGAGAGUAGCACUGUUUUUUUGUUUGUUUGUUUUUGAUGACAGAAAAAUGCAAUUGAGUGGAAAUGUGUAGGAACAGAUUGCUUCUGAUUUCUUUUUUUGUACCAACGCUUACAGAUAAGAAGGUACUGUAUGUGUUCCUCCGACUGAAUCUGUUAGGUAUCGAAGAAGAUUGGACAGUUGAACUCUUUUGGAGAAAAAUGGUCCAAAUUAAUAUUUCACUUUCUUUUUUCACUAAAAUGACCAAGUCAUAGUAAUUAAAUCGCUUUAUCGUGCAGAAUCAUUUAGUUACCCCAUGAGCACUUCUGUUCUGAAUUUGUAGACUUUGUUUCAAAUGCAUGUAAUGUUUUGUGUUGUCUAUCCACUGUCAUUGUCCCAGAAUAUAAACCAUACUGUAGUUUGUUUUGUAUCAAGACUUUUUAUGAUUGAAAUAUGUUAACAGUGGUGCAAUGUUCUCCAAUAAAACAUCUAAUGAGA